CUCGAGGUCACAUGACAGGAGCAAAAAAAAAAGGCUAAUAUCCGCUUACUAACAGGCUGAGUUUCAGCAAUGGCUACAUGUAUCAAAGAAGGAUAUGAGGAAAAGUGACAGCACAACACUAGUCUGAAUCCACGAAGCAACUAAUUACCUACACAACAAUCCACACACCACUCGUGAUAUACCAUUGUACUCAGACUGAUGACAGUUACAAGCACAACAAGAACCUGUAUCCUUAAAAUGGAUUCGUUGGCCCGGAAGUUCUUACUAUUGUUGUGUUGCCUGUGUUUUUUGCGAACUUCAACACAAGAUUAGUAAUUUUUUGCAGAUUCUACAAGAACUUAUCCUGGUAUAUGAACUGUGCCAAAUUAUAACCGUAAAAUAUAACUUCAUGCACAUAUAGCUUAAUUAGAUUCACGGGUAUCGGAAAUUUAAAUUUGUUGUGUUGUUUCUGAGUUAUUUUCUAUUUAUUUUUAUGAUUUGUUGUAAUAUUGAAAUCUGCGUGAAUUUAAAAAGACUUUAGAUGAGAAAGAAAAGACGAUCACGCAUGUCCGUAUGGUUAUCUUUACUGGACGUAGUGCCUUUCCCAAACAAAAUUUUUUUCAGAAAUGAGCAGAUGCGAUGCUCCACCUGUUCAUUCUCUUCAAGAUGCUGUCCUCACUUGUCACUUUCCCGAAGACCUUAGUGUCAGCAAGAAAGGUUUCACAGUCUAUCACUACCCCAACUACCGUGAAAGUGCAGAUGCUGUUUUAGACUGUUGGUGGGUUGGAGGUGCUCUGGGCUGCUACACAAAAUCAGGUUUCGAGUACGACAAAAAACUGAGCCGCACUUUCAAUAUUACAAUCCGUCACGUGACCUCUGCACGUAGAGGUACAUACGGGUGUCAAGUGGACGGCUAUGGCACUAGCGACCUGGGAAAAUGUCAGCUCAACUUAAUACUGAGUGAAAACAACGCGUGUAAUGUCUCAAAUGUGCAUAAUGAUUCCCAAAUCACUCUUUCCUGUUUCUUUAACGAAAAUGUUCAGACGACACAAAACAAUUUUUCUGUCUACAGACAUAAUGGCCAACAGAAACUAGAGAUAUUACAUUGUUGGUGGGUAGACAACAAACCAAAGUGUCAGGUUGAUGGUGAUUACAUGUAUGAUUACGCGGUGUCCACGUAUCUCAUGAUCAAGAGUCAAAAGAAGACAAAAGUUAAAAAAUUAACCUACUCAUGCUGGCACGCGGGGUCCACACUACAACAACAGGCAAAGUGUUCACUUGAAAUCUCUGAGGAAGUCUCGGAAAAAGAUAUGUCAACUGAUCUGGCCAUCGGCCUGUCCCUGGGCUUGACUACAGUGAUAGCAGCAACCAUUGUCGUCGUAAUUCUACUGAGACGAAAGAACUGCAUCAUUGGACAAAGAAAAACGCGAACAUCUGUGGACGAUGAACACCACCCUAUGAUAAAAAAAGAAAGCAAUGAAGACGUAACGACAAGAACGUUCCAGGAAUAUUUAGUAAAAAGCAUCGAAGAAAUGUACCCGGAUACCCUUGAUUCCUUCUAUUUUGUGCCUCCAGUUUACUUCAACAAACUUCGAUAUGAAACACAAACAAUAGCUGGUCAAGUCGUAUACGUCCCACAACCUCCUGACCUGAGUGACGUCAGACAUGACCGAGCCAUGCAGCACGUGCUGCACUGCUUACGUCACAUGGCAGAACACUACAAGGAGGACAUGUUUGUCUUGUCACAGUUUAAGUACGAAGAUUAUUUGAACAAGCCUGGCAAUAAGUUUGCAAACCAUCGCUUACCUGUUCCUGCUCGGUUUGAAGGCAAGAAAAACGUCGGCUGUUUUGACAUUCUCAUUAUUCAUCGACGUUUCGGGGUGUUGGUUGGUGUCGUCAAGUCUCUCAGCGAUAACGAUGACGGAAGUGAGGACAAUGAGCGGAAAAUAGAUGACAUGUUACUCAGUGAGGUGUGUGAAGCUGUUACUCAAGCUACAUACGCAAAGAGCAUGAUGGAACACUUGAUGUCUGAUCAGAAAGACAAACCUGCAGUUCAACUGACUUUGCUGUUUCCCAACGUUACCUCGUCGUCUCUACAGCGAGCUCUCGGCAGUCACAGUCAGGUUGUACAGAGUUUGCGCAAGUGUGUGAAUGUGAAGGCCACUGACGAUCCCACUCAUCUGUGUCUUUGCGCAAAUCAUCUGUCGAACCCUUGCGCUCCAUGGGACAUCGACACCAGUGUGAUGAGUCAUCUGAGGAAAUGGUGGGACAGGUUAAUGAAUCAAUCUGAUGCUGACCCCAAAAUGACUGAUGAAAUGUAUCUAAACAUGAUAGCGAGGUUUUGUGGACCAGCUACCCAGUCCACCCUACAACUGAUGGACGAGACUUUCCUGCAGCCCAAGACUCUGGCAGACGCCGUGACCCUGACAGGAGACCUGUAUGAGCGACUGACUCUGUACCCGGAUAUGAUAGAGAUGCUCAGUGAAGAAAAGUUAUUUCUUGUUGGUCCACCCAACACCGGCAAGACACGAAUGUUGACACUGGCUGGCAAACAAUGGGUAGAAAGUGGCCAUCACCUCUACAUUUUAGUCAGUAUUUUAACAAAAAGGGACUUCAUGUCCUCGUUUUCCAAAACAUCCAACCAUACGCAAGCGACAAAAGAUACAGAUGAGACUUCACGAUCCUUUGUCACCCCAGUAAUCUGUAAUUUCAAUAUCAAGAAGGAAAUGAAGGAAAUUCUGGACAUAUUAACAACACAGGACAAAAAGAAUAUACCACUGUGUGUAAUUGCAAGUGAAGUGGACUUAGGGGGAAAAUAUUUUAAAACAUUUGUAGAAAGUCUAAGUCGCCAACAUCCAAAUCUUGUAUUGUGGGCAACAAGCAGCACUAGUCAGAAUGUACCCGAAGGCUGGAAGGUACAGACCUUCACUCAGGCUCUCACCUGUCCGCCUGCAGUCGUCAGAGAAGUUUCACGUGCAGGAGCUGAUUAUUUCAUACCUGGGGCUGAAAUCAAACCACGUGACUGCCUGAACCCUACAGACGGCCCACAAGUCAAAUAUAUUUACCAUGAGAUGGACUCCACGGGUUACCACGACUGUUCUCUGUGUGGCAGGAAGGUGGCCGAUUUUCUCAACAAGCAUCUUGUUACUAAAAGCAACAAAACAGCUUCUCCGGAUGACAUCACUGAAGCAACAACCUCAUCUUUAACACGAGUACAACAUGAAUCACCUACCUUGAAGGCAUCUUCUAUUCUUCAAGACAAAGAAAUUUUAGUGAUAUUUGAAAACGACAAACACGAAGUCUCAUUCUUGAAGGAACUAAAGAAAGUAGGUUUCCAAGUACAGUCUCUAGAGGUUGUGAAUGACAAAGGAGUCGAGAGAGAAGCGAAUGAUUGUGUCUGCUUCAUGCAUGUUGAUCGUUUUCGUCAAUUCAGACCAAGACGUAAAAUCGUUGUGUACGUGGAAAGCAAGUCACCACCUGAAGAUGUUUCCAAGAAAUGGCGGGGCAUCACGUGCUGCACGGCACAGCUGAUCGUCGUGCGAUGGAAAUCUACAUAAUUUUUCUCAUUCUUCGCACAACUUUAUCCAUUUCUCUGUUUUCACUAAACACAAAUGUUGAUAAUAUCAAUUUGCACCACAUCUUUCAAUUCUAGGUGUAUUAAAGUUCUUUUCAAUACUCGACCAGCUGCUUUAAAGUAAAAUAAUCAGCAGAAAUAUUCUUACAAUAAGCUUUUAACUUACUAAAAUUUGUGUAUGCUCUAAUAUACAAGAUAAAACUCUGUAUGUGUGUGUGUAAGUUGAAGCCUUUUCUUUCAUGAAUAGGUAUGUUAAUGAACAUAACAAUUUUAAAUAAUUUAAUAUU